UCAAGAAUGCCUUAGAAGAGUUGUGAAAACAGCCAGCCUGAGGAGGGGAGUCCUGCAGUUGUGGAUUCAGCUCUCCUGGUGAGCCACAGGCCAGAGAAGGCAGAGAGAGGGAAAGUGUGUGAGGAGCAGAGGCUCUGAAGGACGUCUCUCUCACACACACACACACACAAAGAGAGAGACAGGCAAACACGCUGUCACAGGAAGGUGUUUCUCCUCGCUCGCUUCUGGACCGCUAAAGACUCAGCAGCCGUCGUCACAAGUGAGUAUUCCGACGUUGGACGUGCAUUGGACGAUCAUUUAGUCCCAUGAACUGGAUGCUGCUCUGAAGACACUGACUUUACAGCAAGAACUUAGUAAAGAAAAGUAUUUGUGCAUCAGCAUGGAUCAGCCGGCCAGCAGCUGCAUGCGGAGCGCCCAUCCCAGCGGCCCGAUCUGGGGCUGCAUGAGGAAUCCUCACUCUGGUGCCAACCUACAGUCGCCCUACCAGCAGGGCCCGUUCUCCCUGCACCAGAAGCCCGAGUUCCUGGCCUACACGGACUUCUCCAGCUCCUGCCUCGUGCCAACUACACCACACGCAGCCUACCCUCGAGACGACAGACUGUACCAGGAGAGCCAGGGUGGGUACCAGAGGGCUGACUGGCAGUUCAACCCCUGCGAGACCAGGGUGAGAGCGCCCGAGGCCUGCCCACCUGUGGUCACCCCGGCAGCAGUGAACGGUGGAGGUGGUGGCGGUGGUGGAAGUGGAGGGCCUGAGAUGGACAGUGUAGGUGGGGAGAGACUGCCAGGUGCUGGGCCAGGCUGCCUGGAGGGAGAGUACUCGCCCCAAAGUGUGGCGUCGGGCGACUCGGACAAGAAGAGCUCCAGUAAGAGGAAGAGAGAUGCUGCAGAUAACCAGGAUUCCAGUUUCAAGGUGGAUUCCAGCUGCAAGGCCCGGAAAGAGCGCACAGCGUUCACCAAGGAGCAGCUGAGGGAACUGGAAGCUGAGUUCACUCACCACAACUACCUGACUAGACUGCGUCGCUACGAGAUCGCCGUCAACCUGGACCUCACAGAAAGACAGGUGAAAGUGUGGUUUCAGAACAGGAGGAUGAAGUGGAAGAGAGUGAAAGGAGGACAGUCGGCUUCUCCAAACGACCUGGAGAAUGAUGACAUAGACUCUGCUGCGUCGCCCAGCUCUGAAUGAACAAACAGGAAGGCUGGCAUGAUGGGGGAAAAAAAAGAAUAGAAUCUGUAAUCAUCCUGUGAUGCAAAGAGACUGCCAUCAAGUGGACACUCGUGCGGCUUGAUGCUACCUUAAACAGCUGCCAUAGCAAAUAUCAUACAGACUUUUUAUUACUAUUGUCAUAACUCCCAGGAUGAAAUCACUGAGCUUCUUCUUUGCCAUCUUUCGUUGUAAAUAGUUGUGUGAUUUGAUGAACUUCUAUCGAUGACCACCGUAUCUGGAGAGGAGUUGAUCUAACAGGUCAUUGUAGAUCAGUGACACAGUCAUUUGGAAGCUGCACCAUCAGUGAUGUCUUAUCAGACCGUGACACCAUCGAUCUCUCCGGGUGCCAAAUCCGAAAUCUCCGCCUUUUACCAACUACAACCACCUGGAAAAACUCUGCACUUGGCAACUUUUUUUGCCAAUCCAUAAGUGCCUUCGACUCUGUUUUAUUGAUUUCUGUCUCUUUUCCUAGAAAAUUGUUUUCUCCUCCUUUAAACAUUUUUACUCUUCUUUUUAUACAUGCUGAAAGUUAUUGAUAAAAUACAGAUGUUGCCUGUUUCUGCAAAUAGAAUAAAUCAUCUUCUGCAAAAACGGGAUAAAAAGAAAAAUCUCAAUAAUUUCUUCCAUCCGGGAUAAUACUGGACAGUUGGGUCAAUCUGUGUUCUUGGCUGAUGGCUUUAUCAUGUGGUGAUGGUUAGGACAAACUCUAUCUGAUUAUAGUUACACAGAGAAUAGAAUGAAAUAACUGAUGAGGGCUUUGCUUUUAUUUACUCUGCUGGUGGCAGUUAACAUUAAGGCCCAGUCGUCUUCAUGGGCUGCUGUUCUGGUCUGUAAGGUCUGUGAGAAAAAACAAAGCGUCUUUAAUAGUAAUAUCUGAGAUGCAGGAAUUGAAACUAGCGCAGCGUUCUGUUCCCUGGCAGGGUGUUUUUUCAGUCAAGUGAUCUGACAUUUACAGCUAUGAUUAAUAUGAGGGGCGGGAUCUCCCUGUGACACAGCCAGUGAAAACUGACAGUAACAACAAAUUACGACAAAAACAGGAUGACCGUGCAUCUGGCUGACAUAGCAUAGCAUAACAGAAAUAAUAAAUAAAUCUAUAUAUAUAUAAUAAUAAAUCUCUGAAAAUGGCACUGAUCAAAAGAUGGAUUCAUUCAUGUCCAUAUAUGCUUAAUUAAUAACAUAAUUGUGUCACAUUUUUCCUUAUUAAAAAAAGGAAAUGUUAUUAAUUUUCUGAAUUAAUUUUCACCAGACUAAUUGGAUUUUUUUUAAACCAACCUUUAGCUUCAAUUUUUAACUAACUUUUUAAUUAAAUGACAGACAAAUACAGGUCUAAAGGUUCAGAAAUAAUCAAGAUUAAUAAAAUUAUUUUGUUUUGUUAUCGAAAAUGCCGGAAACGGAAGUUAGCUUUCCAAAUUAGCCAUCUGCCAAAGUAGUUUAAGAGUCGCUCACUUUUUGUCUGUUUAGAACAAAUAGAAAUGAAACAAAUAGCAAUGUGAAGCAAAGUAACAAGUUCAUUCUCUCUCUUACUCUGUUUCUAAUAUAUAUUAAGCCUGUUUGAAAAAGUAAUUAUUACUUACUAGUACUUCAUGUGUUGUGUUGUGAAAAUCAGAGCAAAAACAUAUGACCACUGACUACUGACUGUGGGGGAAGUACGAGAACGU